AUGGAGAAAAGCCCUUCAAACCCUUUUCUGUGUUUGCUCUUUUUCUUUCUUUCUUUAAAGAUUUUGUUCAUAAAAGUAUUGGCAGCCCAGAAGACAACAGUAAUUCCAGUGAGUGUAGGUGUUGUUCUUGACUUGGAAUUUUUGGAUGGAGAUGUUGGUUUGAGUUGCAUCAACAUGUCACUUUCCGACUUCUACGCCACUCAUGGUGACUACAAAACCAGACUGGUCCUCACCACGAGGGACUCCAAGAAGGAUGUUGUUGGUGCAGCUGCAGCAGCCCUGGACCUGAUAAAAAAUGUUGAAGUGCAAGCAAUCAUAGGGCCAACAACAUCAAUGCAAGCCAGUUUUGUUAUUGAUCUUGGAGAAAAAGCUCAGGUGCCCAUCAUAUCUUUUUCUGCAUCAAGUCUUUCUCUAACUUCCAACAGGAGUCCCUACUUCUUUCGAGCAACACAAAAUGACUCAACUCAAGUGAAUGCCAUAAGUGCAUUAGUUCAAACCUUUGGAUUCAGAGAAGCAGUACCCAUCUACAUCGAUGAUGAUUACGGAGAGGGAGUCAUACCUUAUUUAACUGAUGCUUUGCAAGCAGUUGAUGCUCGUGUCCGGUACUGGAGUGUCAUUUCUCCAUCAGCCACUGAUGAUCAAAUUGUUGAAGAGCUUUACAAGCUGAUGACAAUGCAAACUAGAGUUUUCAUUGUGCACAUGUUUCCAUCUCUUGGUGCUCGGCUUUUUGCCAAAGCAAAAGAGAUAGGAAUGAUGAGUGAAGGCUAUGUUUGGAUCAUGACUGAUGGUCUAACAGAUGACUUCUUGAGUUCGCCAAAUCCUUCCGUCACUGAUACAAUCCAAGAUCGGUGGAAAAGGAAAUUCCAACAAGAUAAUCCAGAUAUUGUUGAUACUGAUUUGAACAUUUUUGGAUUAUGGGCCUAUGAUGCAGCAACGGCAUUGGCCUUGGCAGUUGAGAAAGCUGGUAAUACAAAUUCUGGCUUCGAAAAGGCAAAUGGUUCUAGCAAUUCAUCAACAGAUCUUGCAACUCUUGGGGUGUCUUUAAAUGGUCCAAACCUUCUUCAAGCUUUAUCAAACACUGCUUUCAAAGGCCUUACCGGAGAUUACCUUUUUGUUAAUGGGCAGUUACAGGCAUCAGCGUUCCAGAUAAUAAAUGUGAACGGAAAUGGGGGAAGAGAGAUUGGAUUCUGGACACCAACCGAAGGAAUUGUCAAAACACUAAACACAACAAAAAAUAUGACUGCAUCCUCAACAUCGAAUUCCGGUCUUUCAGCUGUAAUAUGGCCGGGUGAUACAACUUCUGUUCCCAAGGGUUGGGAGAUUCCAACAAGAGGGAAGAAGUUGAGGAUAGGAGUGCCCGUCAAGGAUGGUUUCAGUGAGUUUGUCAAAGUGACAACAGAUCCUAUUUCUAACACUUCAAAAGUCACCGGAUACUGCAUAGAUGUUUUUGAUGCUGUAGUCAAAGCAUUGCCUUAUGCUUUGCCUUAUGAGUACAUCCCCUUUGCCAAGCCUGACGGCGAGCCUGCUGGAACUUACAAUGACCUCAUAUAUCAAGUGUAUUUGAAGAAUUUUGAUGCUGCAGUGGGAGAUACAACUAUUAUUUUCAACCGAUCCCUAUAUGUUGAUUUUACUUUGCCUUAUACUGAAAGUGGUGUCUCCAUGAUCGUCCCUAUUGUCGACAACAAUAGCAAAAAUGCAUGGGUUUUCUUGAGGCCUCUGACAUGGGAUCUCUGGGUGACAAGUUUUUGUUUCUUUAUUUUCAUCGCAUUUGUGAUCUGGGUUCUUGAACAUAGAAUCAACGAAGAGUUUCGAGGGCCUGCCUCACAUCAAGCUGGCACUAGCUUCUGGUUUUCCUUCUCGACAAUGGUUUUUUCACAGAGGGAGAAAGUGGUUAACAACUUGUCUAGAACCGUGGUAAUCAUAUGGUGUUUUGUUGUGCUGAUCCUCACGCAGAGUUACACUGCCAGUUUAACUAGCCUACUCACAGUCCAGCAGCUUCAGCCUGCAGUUAAUGAUGUCAAUGAGCUCAUUAAGAAGGGGGAGUUUGUAGGCUACCAGGAGGGUUCUUUUGUUCAAGGAAUCCUGCUAGGCUUAGGCUUCGACAAGUCCAAGCUCAUUGUGUAUAGUUCUACAGAAGAAUGCGAUGAUCUUCUAUCCAAAGGAAGUGGAAAUGGUGGUAUUGCUGCUGCUUUUGAUGAAGUUCCAUACAUGAAGCUCUUCCUGUCAAAGUAUUGCUCUAAAUAUACCAUAAUUGGUCCUACAUUUAAAACCGACGGUUUUGGCUUUGCCUUCCCUAAAGGUUCUCCUCUAGUACCUGAUGUAUCAAGGGCAGUUCUAAACAUGACCGAGGGAGAUAAAAUGAAGGAAAUAGAGAAUGCCUGCAUCACUGUUAGCUCUUAUUAUAUUCAUGGUCAUGUUUGUUUACCAGGAAAGGAACGUGUUGAGUUCCUCUACUUACAAAGUUUCCGUAAAGAAAGUGACAUUAGUCUGCCUUGUGUGGCAAGCCCAUCAGCCUAUUCAGUUAGCACUUAUUUCCCUGGAGAUGAAGAUCAAUCCUCUAGCGAGUACGGUGAUUCCACCCUAGACAGGCAAGCAUCUCACAAGGUAAUAAUGAAUAUUGAUCAGCUUACCAACCCAAAUCAAGAAAGGCUAGCAGCUUUAGAAAUAGACCAUGAAACUUACAAGCCAGUAGAUAUAGUUGCAGCAUUGUAG